AUGCUUCUGAGACUACGUGGGCCGGACGGCAUGGCCCGUCUGUCCCUAGACCAACAGACUACGUUUGGAGAACUCGGCCGUCAGCUACUCCCGACUCUCCCCGACACCGUCGACCCCGACACCAUUACGUUAUCCAACUCGCCAACCGGAGGGGACUCAAAACGCCUUCGAGAUAUUGCAUCUUUCAAGCUAGGCCAGAUCGGUUUGAAACAUGGCGACCUCGUCUUUGUCAACUACAAACACCGAGAUAGCUCCUCGAAGGCAGCAGCUACUAACGGCGACACCCCUGUGCUCGCCUCGGCAAACCGUCUCAACGGCAAGCCCAUCCUCCCCAACGAAGAUCUCCCCAUCGCUACCGACCCUUCCACAUCGCCGACCGUCGAGAGGAUUUCGAAACCUUGGGAGGUGGUCAAACAGUCGCUUCUGGACGACCGUCUCGAUAAGAAAGACGGCAAGAUCCCGCGAGGGCGUGACAAGAUGUGCAAACACGGCCCCAAGGGUAUGUGUGAUUACUGCAUGCCCUUGGAUCCCUUCAAUCCCAAGUACCUCGACGAGAAGAAGAUCAAGUACCUCUCCUUUCACUCUUACCUUCGGAAGAUCAACUCGGUCACCAACAAGCCCGAACUCGGGAGCUCUUUCAUCCCUCCCCUAGCCGAGCCCUAUUUCCGCGUGAGGCGAGACUGCCCGUCUGGCCAUCCCCAAUGGCCUGAAGGCAUCUGCACCAAGUGUCAGCCGAGUGCCAUCACGCUGCAGCCCCAGCCUUUCCGAAUGGUCGACCACGUCGAGUUCUCCUCGCCUGCCAUCAUCGACACCUUUAUCGACUCGUGGCGGAAAUCGGGCGCACAGCGCCUGGGGUACAUGUACGGCCGGUAUGCCGAGUACGAGGUGGUACCCCUCGGCGUCAAGGCCGUAGUCGAGGCGAUCUACGAAGUGCCCCAAGUCGACGAGGUCGACGGUGUUUCAUUGAAUUCUUGGGACAACCAGAAGGACAUCGACGCCGUCGCCAGGCUCUGCGGGCUGGAGCAGGUUGGCGUCAUCUGGACAGACCUCCUCGACGCUGGAAACGGUGACGGUUCGGUCGUCUGCAAGCGUCACGCCGACUCGUACUUCCUGGCCGCGCAGGAAAUCUGCUUCUCGGCACGCCAACAGGCCCAGCAUCCCAAGCCUACCAAGUGGAGCGACACGGGGAGGUUCGGCUCCAACUUUGUCACCUGCAUCGUUUCCGGGAACGAGUCGGGCGAGAUUGCCAUAUCCGCCUACCAGGCGUCGAACGACGCCGUCGAGAUGGUCCGCGCCGAUCUCGUCGAGCCCUCGGCAGACCCUAAUCUCAUGCUCGUCCGCGAGGAGGAAGAGGACGACGGUUCCGAGAGCCGCACCAGAUAUAUCCCCGAAGUCUUCUACAGGAGAAUAAACGAAUACGGCGCCAACGUGCAGGAGAACGCGAAGCCCGCUUUCCCGGCGGAGUAUCUCUUCGUCACCUUGACGCACGGCUUCCCCGACAACCCGACCCCUAUCUUUAAACAGGUCAACUUCCCCAUCGAGAACCGCGAGUCCAUCGGUGAGAGUCAAGAGCACUCGGCCGCAGCGAAGGCGCUCAAGGUUUCUGGAGGUUCAGGUCCUUCCCAGGACGGCCUAGAAGUAUCCAACUUUCACCUGCUGUGCUUCAUUCACGGCAUGGGUGUUCUAUCCAAGGACGAAGAAGCACUCUUAUGCCGAGUCGCGACCCAGCACGACCUGGCCGAUUCGUUCCAACUCCGUUCCACCGACGGAUGGCAGACCCUCCAGGCCAUCCUGCAAUCGACUGGUGAGACACCCCCCAAGAAGAGGAGCCAUAAGAAACGCCUCCGGGAGUCCGAGGGCGAUGCUUGCACUUCCACUUCCUCGUCUGCCAAUUCAAGCCCAUUCCCCGCUGUCCUUUCUUCCGAGGCCGCUAAUGGUGUCGGCCAUUUCCCGGGCCGUCGCGGCGAGUCGGGUGAACCGCUUGCUAAACGAUUUGCUGCCUGCAGGCUGAACUCUGCAUCGUCACGUUCAUCUUCUUCGUCUUAAGACGUUGCUCUGUUCCUCCUCCGGUCUUAUUUUUUUAUCACUUCUUCGUCUUCUUUGGGACUC